AUGGCAUCUCUCGAUACUCAGUCCAUCUUCGAUGUGAAGGGGCUUGUGGUGGUUGUGACCGGUGGUGGAAGCGGUGAGCUUUUCUCCGAGAAUAUUCCUAGUACUUUGCGGGUAUCGUUAACAAACGGCGCAGGCAUUGGACUCAUGGCGGCUCAAGCACUGGAAGCAAACGGUGCUAUCGUGUACAUUAUCGGUCGCCGCAAGGAGAGUCUCGACAAGGUCGCUGGUACAGCUAAACACAACAACAUCCGUCCAAUAGUCGGAGACGUGACAUCCAAGGAAUCCCUCGCAGCCGCCGCUUCCACCAUCGGCAGUGAAGUAGGCGGCUACGUGGACCUAGUAAUCGCCAACUCGGGCGUUUCCGGCCCAACGUUAGGGAAUCUCGAGAAAGACGCAGACAUCGCCACUUUGCAGAAAUACCUCGCCUCCUGGGACAGCGACGAGUUCAACCAAACGCUUGCGACGAAUGUCACGGGCGUGUUCAACACCGUCGUUGCUUUCCUGCCGCUGCUCGAUGCCGCGAACAAGCGCGAGGGACGACCUAAGCAGCGCAGCCAGAUCAUCGCGACGGGAAGCGUCGGGGCUUAUAACCGCGUCCCGAUCGCGGGCUAUGCGUACGGUAGCUCGAAGGCUGCUGUCCACCACAUGAUGAAGCAGUUUGCUACGAAUCUUGUGCCGUACGGUAUACGGAGUAAUGUGCUUGCACCGGGAUUCUUUCCCAGCGAGAUGACGGUGGACCUACUAUCCAAAAUCGACGCAGACAAAUGGCCGAAGAGUACGGUGCCGGAACAGCGCCCUGGAGACGCGGAGGACAUCGCCGGUGCUGUCCUCUUCCUAGCCAGCAAAGCCGGCGCCUAUGUCAACGGAAAUAUACUUGUUAUCGAUGGUGGUAGGCUUGGGGUAAUUCCUUCUUCGUACUAAAGGAAUAGCAAUUCAUACUGUUAGGAAUCAGGAGCUAAUAACAAAUAAAUUGGUUGUAUGUAAUCACUGAAUACCCUCACUCCUGAGUCUCCUGACUUUCUCUUGUUCUUUUCUCCUAGCAACACGUCCCUGCUGUCAAAUCCCCAUACUUCACAACCCAACUUCAAACACAAGUGACAACAUAUUAGACUACAGCCCAUAGGCACCCUUUGGGACAUUUACUGCUACCAGGCAACGUGUGGUGCAUCUUCUCAUUACUGCCAACUGUGUAGUCGCGAUUUCAUCAGUGAAUCUUGUCAAUCAACGAGGAGAAGGGACGGGGGGAAAUGUCGAAGGGGAUUGGGGUUCUCAGCACAACCGCCGAAGAUGACAGCAUAGCCCGGUGGGGGAUCGAGACU